GAGUAUAUUGAAUUUUGGAAUUGUUAGACUUUUAAUUAUUAUUACAAGUAGAUCUAAUUUCUUUCCACCAAGAGCACAGUAUGUUGGGAGUAACACCGUAGAUGUAGAUCUAUGAAGGCGGUAGUAACAGACUGAAUCCAACAAAAUACUUGUGUUGAAGGAAUACCGGUUGUUCGUCUACAUCUAAUAAAUAACUAAAAUAGGUAGGAGAGGAAGAGGUAGAGAUGGCUAUAGAGAACAAUUUCAAAUCUGAAUACCAUGAGGUCCUGUCACAGGGUAUAGAGGAAAUAUGGCGAGAUGAAUCAUUCACUGACAUCGUAGUCCAUGUUGGAACAAAGACGUACAACUGCCACAAGAUGAUACUGUCAUCUCUGUCAGCAUAUUUCAGUGCAAUGUUCAGGUCAGGCAUGCAGGAGACUCUCCAGGGAACUGUUAACUUACAGAAUAUUGAGCCGGAUGUUUUUGAAGCGAUUUUGAGUUUUAUGUACACAGGAAGUGACGUAAUCACACCAGACAAUGUACAGCUGUUGCUUCAAGCAGCUGUAAUGUUACAGAUCAAAUGUCUACAGGAGCAGUGUGAAAUGUACCUCAAGAAACAAAUUGGACCAGAAAAUUGCCUGGGUAUAUGGAAUCUUGCAACAAGUUUGAAUUGUUCAAAACUGGUAAAGAAGAGUUGGACAUACAUUCUCGAGUUUUUUCCAACAGUAUUGAACACCGAGGAGUAUGGGCACAUCUCUGCUGAUGAUCUCAUAGCCAUUAUCAAUGAUGAUGACUUGAACACGCCCUCAGAGGAGGCUGUGUGUGAUGCUGUUUUGAAAUGGGUAAAUGUUGAUUCGGAGACGAGAAGUCAUGAAUUAGGGAAAUUGUUAAGAAAUGUUCGAUUUCCUUUGAUUUGUGUGAAAUAUGUGAAGGAAUUGAAUAAGAAUGAAUUGGUUCAGAAUCACGAGGGCUGUCAGUUAUUGCUCAAUGGUGUGUAUGAAUAUUUAACUGCCAAAGAUUAUGAUAUAAGUGGGACAAAAUAUUUGUCUGAUAUGUCACGAAAUUGUCACCAUAGACAAGAAGAGAUGAUGUGUGUUGUAGGCACACGUAGUAGACAUCCAAAUCCUCAGGCAACAGAAAUCAAGUGUUUUAGUUUCCGACGAGAUGCAGAGUACACAUUAGCUGAACUCCCAACGGAGCCUGGUGCAUGCUUUGCAGUCUGUAAGUGUAGGGGAGAUAUUUAUGUCUCGGGCGGCUACCAUGGUCAGAAUCUUGUUCUUCAGUUUGUGUCAAGUGACAAUAGAUGGCAGCACUGCAGUCCAUUGCUGGAAGGUCGAUGGGGUCAUUCUAUGGUAGAAAUAGGAGGCAAUAUAUAUGUUGUUGGUGGAAGCACAAGAAUCUCACAGACACUUUGUAGCAUUGAAUGUUAUGAUCCAAAAAUGAAUGAAUGGAAAUUAGUUGGCGGACUUGAAAUUCCUGUAUCCUUCAUGCCAACAGCAGCUAUUGGAAACAGAAUUUAUGUGUUUGGUGGAAAGUUGUCAGAUCGGACUUUGUCAACUAAAGUUCAGUGUUUUGACAUAAAGAGAAAAAUGUGUUUUGUUAUUGAAGAUAUGCCGUUAAUGGCAUCAACAGCCAGCAGAGUUGCAGUCGUAGAUGAAGCAGUUUACAUUUUUUAUCGCCAUGGCGAUAUUGUAGAAUUUAAAGUUGGGUCAUCUGUGUCAGUAGUGGGAAACAUGCCACAUUUUGAUCACUAUGGUGUCAUUCCUCAUGAAGGACAGAUUUUGAUUGUUGGUUGUCAGAGUAACCAGUAUUCAACAGUGAUGUUCAAUCCUGUAACACGUGAGAUGACGCCAUAUUGUAGAACAGUGAAAGCAGCACUGUGCAACUUUUACUGCAUGCCAGUUGUAAUGAGCAGACAACAUAUAAAGCCAGAAACAGACCAACCGUAAUAAAUCAAGCCAAAUAUAUUUGUCCAUACACCUUUUGUUGCAAGUCAUUGAAUGUAUAUAUUUAGCUCACCUGAGUGCAAAGUGCUCAAGGUGAGCUAUUGAGAUCACACUGUGUCCGUUGUCAUGAGUCAUCAAUAAUUUGACUGUUUACGCUCCGGAGGUCACCAAUUUUAGCUCAUUCUAAAUAAAACUUGGUCAGAAAAUUACCCAGUACAAUCUUGGAUGAGAAUGUUAAUGGGUCAUCUGGGAUCAAAACCUACGUCUUUAGGUCAGAUCAUAGAAAGACUUUGUUAACACUCUAGAGGCCGCAUUUUCUGUUUGAUCUUCUUAAAACUUUGUCAGAAUGUUUGCCUUUAUAAAAGCUAGGUCGGGUUGAAAACUUAAAUAUCUAGGUAAAGAAACUAGGACACUAGGUUGGAUCAUAGACAUUGUUUACACUCAGAAGGCCACAUUUUCUACCUGAUCUUCACGAGACUUGGUCAGAAUGUUUUAAAUCUAGGAUAAAUUUUAACUUGGUUAUUUAUGAAAAUAACUAGAUCAUGAUGUCAAAUCAUAGAAAACUUUGUUAACUAUGUAGAGGCCACUACAAUGUAUUUGAAUUUGAUCUUCAUAAAUCCUUGUCAGAUUAUUUGUCUGUGUGGAAUCUAGGUCAAGUUUGAAAGUGGGAUACCUGAGGUCAAAAUUAUGUCACUAGGUAAAUAAUUGAUAAACUUGGUUAAUGAUCUACUAGAUUUACUUUAAACAUGGUCAGAAUGUUUGUCUCUAUGAAAUCGAGGCCAAAUUAGAUGCUAGGUUAUCUGGGGUAAGAACUAGGUCAGGUGAUUGAUACAGGGCCUUGUUGUUUUAUUAUUUUACCUUAUUUAUAUUGCGAUUGCAAAGCAUCCAAGUAAUAAAUGUUCAGUAUUCUUACAUUUCCUUUAAGAUACUACUGUAAUUUAUUUUUGUUAGUUUAUUUUCAACAAAAAAAACUACAAUGAAGGCAUUGAUAGCUUUUACUACAUCAGAGAUGCCAGAAUUUUUCUUAAUUUGCAAACAUUUUUAAUGCAGAACAGUUUUGUAACAUAUAAUUGUUUUGAUAGGCUGUAACAACUGGAACAGGUUGAUUUUUUUUCUGACGUGGUUUCUAAAUUUGUGAAAUUCAUUUUUUUCCAGUGUGGUUCAGAAUGAAUAUUACAUUGCUGAGUGUGAGACAGUAAUAUUGUCAAUAUUUUGGAGAAGUACAUUGUACUAUCAACCACAGCUCUACCUCAGUUGUCAGUGUUCACGUCAUGUCCAAAUGUCUAAAAUAUUAACUGUCCAAACCAAAGCAAUGUGAUAUUUAUAUGCUGUGAUAGUAAGGUAUCAUAAAGGUUUGGAAUUCACUGCCUCAACUGUGAAAAUGGGCUCCACAAAAAGAAUAUAGUUGAAUGAAACUGAUUGUAGAUCAUAGUGUAAUACUGGCAAAUAUUUUUGCAAUUUUAAGCCAUGGCCCUCUUGUUUAAAAUUGUUUCAAUUUCAUUUACCAUAUAUUUUAUGUAAAACAAUUUUUAACAAAACAUACAUUUUUGCUAUUGCAGUAAGUUGCAGUAUUACAAGAUUGACAGUGACAAGAAUGUUACUGUGAGAGAAUAAUAAUAUUGAUUUCAAGGUGCUGUACAUCUAUAAUCAAAAUCAGUAAUCACAUAUACAAGGAUCAUUCAGUAGAACAUGAAAGUACUAACAUCUUUUAAAGGUGUAGUGAAUCAAUCUUGAUAUGAUGCAUCCCAUUGCAGGGUGUUUCUAGGGAAAAUCUUGAGAGUAUAUGAGCAAAUUGUGUGGAUAAAUAUUUUAUCAGCGCUUUUUUAAGUAUUAUAUACUAGGUCUGAGGUCACAUUAUUCUGAAAACGAGAAAUUAGAAAUGACCAAAAUGGCAGUAUUUAUUAGCUUGACUAUAUGAAGAUAAGGUAGAGCUAUUGCACUCGCCCUCUUUUGUUAGUGUCCCGACUUGGUUUAAGUUUUUGUAUGUAAGCUGGUAUCUCCGUAACCACUUGUGGGAAUGGAUUGAAAAUUCACACACAUUAACACUGUGAUGACCUGACUUGAAGUGCACAGGUUCCAGAGCACUAUUUGAAUUAUGUCCCUUUUAUACUUAGUUAAUGUUUCGGUACAAUUUCACUCUUAUCAGUGUUAUUACUAAAUACAUGUGCUCAAACUUAAACUAUUGUCAAAUUUUGUCACCCGCAUUGGAGUCAUUAAGCUCUCCAGUGAUAGCUCCAGCUUCCUCAGAUUAGCUGUAUUUCACUAUCCAGCAUCAAAAUAGUGGUGCAUGCUGACGCCUGCAACAUCUCUUGUUAAUUCCACACACAGGCCUGUCCCUCAAAGUUCAGUUUACCAAAACCAGAAUGCUUUGAUAAUUUAUGCUCUGCAAUACACAUAUGGAUUGUUUCACUUUCUGUCUGGUCUCUUUUUUUAUUUUCAGUUUGUUUUUCAGUCCUUUUCAUUUAUUUUCUUAGUAAAAAUAGGUUUUAUACGCGCGAAAGGAUGUAUUAUGUUAUGAUGCUGGUGUCCGUCCGUCCUUUAGCAAUUUCAUGUCUGCUCUGUAACUCUUGAACCCCUUGAAGGAUUUCAAAGAAACUUGACACAAAUGCUCACCACAUCGAGAUGACGUGCAGAGUGCAUGUUUUGGAUGGCUCAUUUCAAGGUCAAGGUCACACUUAGGGGUAAAAGGUCAUAUGACUGCUUCGUGUCUGCUCUGUAACUCUUGAACUGCUUGGAGGAUUUCAAAGAAACUUAGCACAAAUGUUCACAACAUCGAGACGACAUACAGAAUGCAUGUUUCUGAUGGCUCACUUCAACGUCAAGGUCACAUUUGAGGGUCAAAGUCAUACCUUAGGGCAUAUAUUGCUCCGCAUUGCGAUGCUCUUGUUUUUCGCUCACCUGAGCAUGAGGUGCUCAAGGUGAGGUAUUGGUACCAGUCAUUGUCCGGCUUCAUUUGUGCGUCGUCCGUCAACAUUUGCCUUGUGUGCCAAGGCUGUGACCCAAUCUUUAUGAAACUUGGUCAGAAUAUUUGUCUCGAUGAUCUCUAGGCCAAAUUCAAAACUGGGUCAUGUUGGGUUAAAAACUAGGUCAGUAGGCUAGAUCAAAGGAAAAGCUUGUGAACACUCUAGAGGCCACAAUUGUGACUCAAUCUUUAUGAAACUUGGUCAGAAUGUUUGUCUUGAUGAUCUCUAGGUUAAAUUCGAAACUGGGUCGUGUGGGGUCGAAAACUAGGUCAGUAGGCCAGAUCAAAGGAAAAUCUUGUUUACACUCUAGAAUCCACAGUUUAAGUUUGAAACUCAGAAUUGGUCAAAAUGUUUGCCUUGAUGAUCUCUAGGUUAAAUUGAAUCGGGGUCAUGUGGGUUCAAAAACUAGGUCAUCUGGUCAAAUCAAAUGAAAAGCUUGAUAACACUCUAGAGGCCACGUUUAUGACCUUAUCUUCAUGAAUCUUGGUCAAAAUGUUUAUCUUGAUGAUCUUUAUCCCAAUUUCGAAUCUUGGUCAUUUGGGGUCAAAAACUAGGUCACCUGUUAAAAUAAAAGAAAAACCUUGUAUAUGCAAUUGGGGCUGCAUUUUUAAUUUGAAGUGCAUGAACCUUUGUCAGAAUGUUUGUCUGCAUGUAAUCUCAGAUGAAUUUUCAUCUGGGUCACAUGGGGUCAAAAUCUAGGUCACCAGGUCAAAUCAAAGAAUAAGCUUGUUUACACUCUAGGUGGUACAUUUUUGAUUCUAUCUUCAUAAAACUUGGUCAGAAUAUUUGUUAUCAUAAAGUCUUAGAAGAUUUAAAAUCUGAGUCACGUGGGGUCAAAAACUAGGUCACAAGGUCAAAUGAAAGGAAAAGCUUGUAUACACUCUAGAGGCCACUUUUUUGCUCCAAUCUUCCCGAAACUUUGUCAGAAUGUUUGUUCUUAUGAAAUCUUGGACAAGUUUGAAUCUGGGUCAUGUGGGAUAAAAAAUUAGGUCACUUGGUCAGAUCAAAAAAAAUGCUUGUGUACAUUCAAGAGGCCACAUUUUUGGUCCAAUCUUAAUGAAAUUUGGUCAGACUGUCUCCAACAUUUAAAUCAUGUUUACACUUUUAUGGUGUGUUACUCAGGUGAGCGACCUAGGGCCAUCUUGGCCCUCUUGUUUCAAUAUCAGGAUGAUUCUAUCAAGUUUUAUGUUACUAAAACUGGUGCUGCCAAGUUUUUUAAAUAUGUGUAGUACUGUUUCAGUCGGGCUAUCUUGCUGGUCUAUCACACAAGUGCAGAUCGUUACACUUGGAAAUCGGCAUGAUUGUGCAAUCAAGCCUGCCUGCUAUUUUGUUCAUAUACAGCCAUAAAUUAGAAAAGGAAUAUGUCUUUAAAAAAAUUAACUUGUCCAUGUUACUAGAAAAUUUAUAUUUGUACCUCUUCCAUGUUAGUAUUUUCAACAGCUAUUCUUGAAAUGUUGUAUAUGUUAUUUAUUGCAGUCAUAUCAGUAUCUACAUAUAAUCAAAUGUCAGAUGUUUUUUAGCUCGACUAUUCGAAGAAUAGGGGAGCUAUCCUACUCGCCCCGGCGUGAGCGUCACACAAAUGUUAAAGUUUGCGUACCACCCCAAAUAUUUUCCAAGUCCAUUGAGAUAUUGCUUUCAUAUUUUGCAUACUUGUUUACCAUCAUGACCCCAGUCUGUAAAAAGGAGGAGGCAACUCUAUCAAGCAUUUUGACUGAAUUAUGGCCCCUUUUCAAAUUAGAAUAAAUGUUAAAGUUUGCGUACCACCCCAAAUAUUUUCAAAGUCCAUUGAGGUAUUGCUUUCAUAUUUUGCAUAGUUGUUUACCAUCAUGACCCAAGUCUGUAAAAAGGAGGACGCAACUCUAUCAAGCAAUUUGACUGAAUUAUGGCCCCUUUUCGACUUAGAAUAAAUGUUAAAGUUUGCGUACCACCCCAAAUAUUUUCAAAGUCCAUUGAGAUAUUGCUUUGAUAUUUUGCAUACUUGUUUACCAUCAUGACCCCAGUCUGCAAAAAGGAGGAGGCAACUCUAUCAAGCAUUUUGACUGAAUUAUGGCCCCUUUUCGACUUAGAAUAAAUGUUAAAGUUUGCGUACCACCCCAAAUGUUUUCAAAGUCCAUUGAGAUAUUGCUUUGAUAUUUUGCAUACUUGUUUACCAUCAUGACCCCAAUCUGUAAAAAGGAUGAGGCAACUCUAUCAAGUAUUUUGACUGAAUUAUGGCCCCUUUUCCACUUAGAAUAUGCUUAUUGUAAUGUUAUAGUUUUACUCAUAGCUUAUAUUAUACUAUCAAGCACUGAGUAUAGUCGAGCGCGCUGUCCACUGACAGCUCUUGUUUAGACUCUGGUUAGGUGAUCUCUAGCUUUGAAAUGUAUUUUUCUGUGCUCUUUUUCCUGACACAACAGCUAUUGUAGGUUACACUAUACUAAUUCCUUUCCACCUUUUUUUUAUAUCUUGAGACAUAAUUUUCAUUACUUUAAAGCAUUUCAGAUAUUUGUAAACCAUAUAUAGACAGUAUAACAUGUCUGCUUACCAAAAAUAUAUAAGUAAAGAGCUGUUAUGUUACAUAUAAGAAAAAUUAUCUGUUUUGAAAUUCAACACCCUCUGAAAAUGCUGCCAUGACAAUUGCCAAUUAAGCAAUUACACAUAUCAUGUAGACAUUUACACAGGGAAUAAAACUAAAAUCAGGAAAUUUACAACAGAAGUUGUCCAGAUUUUUUCUCAAUACAGUUAACAGUGUUUGAAAAUAAACCAAAGUCUAUAACUGUCACAUCCUUACAUGACGCAUUAUUCUAUAUUUCAUUGAAAACAUGGAACUAUAUUUUGGUCCAGGACUACUUUACAUGUACCUCUAAAUAGUCACUUCCUGUUUGGUAUAAACAGUUUUUAUGCCCCCGAAGGGAGGCAUAUUUGUUUUCAUCUGUCCGUCCAUUCGUUAGUUCGUUCGUUCGUUCAUCACAAUGUUAACUUUUUGCAUGAAGGCACUUUACUCACGAACCACUGCACCCAGGACCUUCAAACUUCACUUGCUGGUAGUACUUAUUAAGUACACUAUCCCUACGGACUUUUGGGUCACCAGGUCAAAGGUCAAGGUCACAGGGGCCAACGUUAACUUUUUGCAUGAAGGCACUUGCGAACCACUGCACCCAGGACCUUCAAACAUCACAUGCUGAUAGUAUUUAUUGAGUACACCUCCCCUACUGACUUCGGGGUCACCAGGUCAAGGUCAUAGGGGCCAACGUUAACUUUUUGCAUGAAGGCACUUUACUCGCGAACCACUGCACCCAGGACCUUCAAAUUACACAUGCUGAUAGUACUUACUGAGUACACCACCCCUACUGACUUAAGGGUCACCAGGUCAAAGGUCACGGUCACGGGGCCAACGUUAACUUUGCAUGAAGGCACUUUACUCGCGAACCACUGCACCCAGGAGCUUCAAACUUCACAUGCUGACAGUACUUAUUGAGUACACCAUCCCUACUGACUUUGGGGUCACCAGGACAAAGGUCAAGUUCACCAGGUCAAAGGUCAAGGUGCUGUGGGGGGCAUUUGUCACCAUAAGUGACAGCUCUUGUUUUAGUAUUGUUUCUGGAAUAUAAUAUUCUAGUCUAAAAAUGUAUUUUUUCAGUGUGUUUUUACUACAACUACUACUAUACCAGAUUUAUUAAAAAAAAAUUUAAUAAAUAAUAAAAUGUAA